UGCACUAAAUAGUGCCUCGUCUGGCGGAAAGAAAGAAAGAAACCCGGAAGUCGUUAGGCCAGGCGGGAUGACCGGACCGACAAAAUGGCGAAGGAUGAGGAGUUACGGCAGGAAUCAGGCCUGUGAAACUUACUUCAUCCUGACUGGUGAAACAGCCUUGUUGCACAACAUCAAAACCAACAUGAAUCUCCAGCAGCCAGCACCUCUCAUCCCUCCUGUCCACCCUGAUGUGCAGAUGAAGCCCCUGCCCUUCUAUGAUGUACUGGAUGUCCUAAUCAAGCCUUCAAGUCUAGGAGCAAGUACUGCACAGAGGUACCACCAAGAAAAAUAUUUCAUCUUUGCCUUGACACCACAGCAAGUUCGAGAAGUAUGCAUAUCCAGGGACUUUCUGCCAGGUGGCAGAAGGGACUAUAUGGUUCAAAUUCAACUGAGGUUUUGCUUGUCAGAGACAAGUUGCCCUCAAGAGGAUAAUUAUCCCAACAGUCUUUGUAUAAAAGUCAAUGGGAAGCUGUUUCCCUUGCCAGGGUAUGCACCACCACCCAAAAAUGGUGUGGAACAGAAGAGACCCGGAAGACCUUUGAACAUUACCUCACUUGUCCGUCUCUCAUCUGCAGUACCUAAUCAGAUUUCAGUGACGUGGGCGCCUGAAAUUGGAAAAACCUAUUCUAUGUCUGUCUACCUGGUGAGACAGCUGACAUCCCCUCUGCUGCUGCAGAGGCUGAGGAUGAAGGGCAUCAGAAACCCAGACCACUCCAGAGCAUUAAUUAAAGAGAAGCUGACCGCAGAUCCAGACAGUGAAAUUGCUACAACAAGUCUUCGAGUCUCACUUAUGUGUCCGCUGGGUAAGAUGCGACUUACAGUGCCAUGCCGGGCAGUGACCUGCUCUCACCUGCAGUGUUUUGAUGCUGCCCUCUACCUACAGAUGAAUGAGAAGAAACCCACCUGGAUCUGUCCUGUGUGUGACAAGAAGGCUGCAUAUGAGACUCUUAUCAUCGAUGGUUUAUUCUUGGAAAUCCUGAACGACUGCUCGGAUGUUGAUGAAAUCAAGUUUCAGGAGGAUGGAACGUGGUGUCCCAUGAGACCAAAAAAAGAAGCGGUCAAGGUCCCAUCUCAGUCAGCUCCAAAAAUUGACACUCCAUUGCGCCAGUCGUCAGUGGUGCCCCAUUCUACUGAGCCCAGCUCCGCCAAGAAGGCUGAUGUGAUUGAUCUUACUCUGGAGAGCUCCUCAUCUGAUGAGGAGGACACAGACCCUCCAUUGAAGAAACACUGCGUUUACAUUACCAAUAAUGAGGAGAUGCAUGCGAAGGGAGUGUUGACCUACCAGCCCACUGUGCGCAUGCCGAAUGUCCAGUCCCUGGACCCGACGUAUCUGACCUCUACACUUGCUGACUAUGCAGUCCCCUUCCAUCCAUCUACCCUGGCUACCAUCCCCACAGACAUGCAAAGUCUGGAUUUGUUUUCCUUAAUUCAAGCGGAUCCUCAGCAUUACAGACCUCAGAUGUUCCUGGAUAACCUGACCAGCAGUAUGCAAAGUGCAGCUGCAGCCAGCACAAGCUCAGCCUUGGUCUCCUCCAGCAGCCACUUUGACACUACCACCCACGCCGCCAGCUCCAUCCACGAAACCAGGGUCAUCACAGGAGGAGGUGGAGGUGCUGGAGGAGGAACUGACAGUGGCAUAUCGGAUAUCAUUUCACUAGAUUGAGCCAUGUCUAACUGGACCUCUUCAGGCCUGUUUUUGUGGCCUUUUUAUCCUGGACUUAACAUAUGAUGAACAGGCACAUCACAUGUUUUAAACAGAAAACAUCCAAGCUGGUAUACAUGACCACUUUGAUGGCCUCAGCAUUUUCACCAGGCAUAUUUCUCUUUGCCCAGUUUUCAUUCUGUCUGCUGCGUAUACAUUGUUUGAUGAUAAAUGGUCAGCAGUCAAAUUCACUAGACUAAACCUAUUAAAAAAUAUAUUUUGGA